AUGGAGAAGUAAGAUACCUCCUUCCCUCCGCUUGUCUGGGAGCUCACCUUGGGCAAGUGAUAGUACUCCCUCGCCUCCCUGCCUAGGGUGACAGGUUCUAACUAUGGAUCAAAUAUCAAGUAGGAAGCAACCCUGUUUAAGAAGUUUGGUGAUGGUUUUAGUAGUGGUGAUGAAAGUAAUAUUGGUGAUUAUGAUGGUGGUGGUGAUAGUGAUGAUGAAAGUAACAAUGGCGAUUGUUAUGGUGGUGGGGAUUGUGAUAAAAGUGACAUUGGUGUUGUGAUGAUGAUAAUGAUAGUAAUAAUGGUAGUAAUGAUGUUGAUGGUUUUGAUAGUGAUAUUGUUAGUUAUGAUGAUGGUUUGA